AUGUUUGCUGAGCAGAUCGACACCAUCACUGCGCAGCUGGAGAAACCCAACGAAUAUCCGCACCCAAUUAUAUAUCGUUCGCUUAUCGACCCGCAGCUUUACAAGGGCAAGCCGACGCCAUCCCGCGCAAGUCUGCUGGAAGAGGCGAUUGCCCUCGUCGUUGCCGGCACAGAUACUACGGGCAUAGAGCUGAAGGAGGCCUGGUCCAACCUUGCCGACCGCCCUCGCUGCGAAGUCCUCGAGAAACUCCCUCAUCUGCGCAUCGCCCCGACCACCACACCCGAAAACUCACGCAUGGUGCCUCCCCAAGGCACCACGAUCGGUGGCAAAUUCAUCCCCGGAACGACGAUUGUGAGCAUGGGCGUCCUCUUCCCCAUGAAACACAGCGACGCGUUCGAAAACCCUACGAAGUGCGAGCCGGAGCGCUGGCUCGAAAAUACACACACCCUCGACAAUCUUGCGUGGUGUGAGCUGUACCUUGCAUUCGCGAACCUGUUCCGACGCUUCGAUCUCUCUCUUGAUGGAACGAAGUGA